AUGUCAGGACAGGAGCCUUCACGUCCUGACAAGGGCAAGACGGUAAAAAAGGCUAGGAAGGCGAAGUACGUUGUUAGAGUUCCNAAGGAGAUACCAUUCUCCAAUGCCAGAGCUCGACCAGAUGUUGGAUGCUCACGUCGACCACCACCCUCUUCUACGAUGCCCACACCUUCUGUCGGGCCCACACCUUCUACUAUAGGGCCCACUCCUUCUACUAUAGGGCCCACUCCUUCUACUAUAGGGCCCACUCCUUCUACUAUAGGGCCCACUCCUUCUACUAUAGGGCCCACACCUCCUACUGUAGUGCCUACUCCUUCAGUGGUAGGGCAAACACCAUAUAUUCAUCCCUCUUCUAUCCCCACACCACCUUCUAUACCAUCUCCAGAUGUACAUCAGCCAUCUGCUGAUGUUGCUGAUGUUGCUGAUUCUGCUGAUACUGCUGAUUUGGAUGAUCCUGCUCCUCAUGAUCGACCAUUCAUUGAGCCGUGCGGAAAAGGGUUUCUUCCUUCUAGAGUUGCUUCACAGGCCAUCACUAGGACUAUUAAGCAACAAUUUCUGCAGCCUUGGGCAUCAUGGGGAGUAAUCUCUGACGACGAUAAAAAGCUAUUUUGGGAGAGAUUUAAGGUAAAACCAUGUCUUACUUAA